GAGAAGUCUUUUUCUCUGACUUGUCUCGUGGUCAUUCCUUUUUUAAACGCAUCAUUCCGAAAGUGAAAGUAAAGGUUCGAUUGUUGAAGAAAGAGUAAAGAUGGAUUCACUAUUUGUGGAAGAACUUAACUGUCCUGUGUGUUAUGAAAUCUUUAAGGAUCCUGUGGUUUUAUCAUGUAGUCACAGUUUCUGUAAAGAGUGUCUUCAACGGUUCUGGAGAACCAGGGACGCUCAGGAGUGUCCUGUCUGCAGGAGAAGAUCCUCGAGGGAUGAUCCUCCAACUAAUCUUGUGUUAAGAAACGUGUGUGAGUCGUUUCUGAAGGAGAGGAACGAGAAGUGUUCGUCAGGAUCUGAGGGGAUCUGCAGUUCACACGGUGAGAAACUCAAACUCUUCUGUCUGGAGGACAAACAGCCGGUGUGUUUAGUGUGUAGAGAUUCACAAACACACGACAACCACAAAUUCAGACCCAUCAGUGAAGAGGUUUCAUCGUAUAAGGAGAAGCUAAAUAUAGCACUGAAAUCCUUACAAGCGAAACUUAAACACAAAGAGAACAUUAGAGGGGAAUUUAUGAAAACAGUUCAACACAUCAAGUCUCAAGCUGAGCACACAGAGCAUCAGAUUAAACUGCAGUUUGAGACGCUUCAUCAGUUUCUCAGAGAUGAAGAAGAAGAUGCAAUCGCUGCACUGAGGGAGGAAGAGGAGCAGAAGAAGCAGAUGAUGAAGGAGAAGCUGGAGGAGAUCAACAGACAUAUCUCAGCUCUUUCACACACAAUCAAAGACACAGAGGAGAUGAUGGAAGCCAAUGACAUCUCCUUUCUACAGGAGUUUCCAGUCUCAAUGGAAAGAGUCCAGAUCCCAUCAGAGCCGGAUCCACAGACUCCUUCUGGAGCCUUGAUUCAUGUGCCACGAUACUUGGGGAACCUUCCCUUCAGAGUCUGGAAGAAGAUGAAGGACAUCAUCCAAUACACUCCUGUGAUUCUGGAUCCAAACACGGCUCAUCCAUCUCUCGUCCUCUCUGAUGAUCUGACCAGUGUGAAAGACCGCUGGAACAAACAACCGCUUCCUGAUAACCCAGAGAGAUUGGACAGCUAUCCCUGUGUUCUGGGUUCGGAGGGGUUUAACUCGGGAACACACUGCUGGGACGUGGAGGUUGAAGGGAAUUCCUACUGGAUUCUUGGAGUAACGACAGCAUCGAACCAAAGGAAGGGACGUGAGUUCUUUGACACGGACGUGUGGAGUGUGCAGUAUGGACUUUAUAUAAGGUCCGGUUUUCCUGUUGAACAGGGUCUUGAGUGUGUGAGAGUGUAUCUGGACUAUGACAGAGGAAUGGUGUUGUUCUCCGAUCCUGUAACUAACACACGUCUACACACAUUCACAACCACCUUCACCGACACGGUCUUUCCUUUCUUCGAAACCGCUUCCUCUCUCAGAGUCUUGCCGUUCAAAAUGUAGUAAAAGUUACACCUGGAUCUUCCUGCUUUCAUCUUUUCCAGUCACCAUGUUUCCAAUAUUGAAUCCAUAUCUCAUGACAUGAGAAAGAGUGCUGUUGAUCUGAACAUCAACACUAUCAAACUAUGGUUGUUUUAAUUUAAAGGAUCAAAGCAUCAGAGGACUCUUUUAACCAAAACUUGGUGGCUAAUAAUUGUGUGAGUGAUUAAUCUGGCGCCCUUGGUUUACUUCCUCCCGGCUGAGUUUGUUAUAAUAAUGUGGCUCAACAGGCUUCUUACAUGGAUUAUACCUCUUCUUAUCAUCCAUUCAGUGACACUGAUGAUCAAACUGAUCAAAUAACGUAUGGUAGCUACCAGCAACAGUGUUAGUAUCUGUUAGUCAUAUUAAUGUAGAUGCAAAAUAGGUGCAAGCAUAAAUUGAAAUGUUUGCACUUCUAACCACUAGAUGUCACUGUCAGCCAUAAUUAAUAUAUUCCAGUCCUGUCAGUAACAUUGUUUCAUGGCAUUUUACACAAUGCAAGAUGAAACGGAAUUUACAUAGUUUACAACACUGACAUUGUAUGAUACCGCUAUUCAAUCCAGUACUGUAUAAUGUGCAUGAAUAUUAUGAAGUGUAUGAUAUGAGCACAUGAGGAUAAUCAGGCUUGAUAUUCAGUUGCCCUGGUACUUUGUGCAAAAAGAUGAAAAGCUAUCAUAGAAACUAAACAUUGUGGAAGAAAAGCAUCUUCCAUGAAUUCUUUGAAAUCAAUUGAAUGUGUCUGACAGUGAUUGUUCAGUUUCAAUGUUGUGACGUCAGAGUUAAGAAGUCAGUAGACUCAUUGGCCAUCUGAUGACCUUGCUGUCUCUGAUUUUGUUACUUUAAUCAUGGCUGGCAACUAAGUAACUGAGAAAAUGACAGUAUUCUUCAUCUUCACUAAGAAGCUGACUAAAAUAUGUUUGCUUUGACAGUUAGUCUUUUGAUGGCCACUAGAUGUCACUGUCAGAUAAUUACUGUGAGCUGCCAAGGUUUAUUAUAAGUAUGCAUGCCCUUUUACAGUGCUCACUUUAAAUUAAAUUAAAUUAAAUUAAAUUAAAUUAAAUUAAAUUAAAUUAAAUUAAAUUAAAUUAAAUUAAAUUAAAUUAAAUUAAAUUAAAUUAAAUUCGGGCACACAACAAUACCACAGAUUAAAUUAAAUCCAGAGUUAUUAAUUGUACAUACAGCUUUCACUUGCUCACUUGAAACCCUUCAGUUUAAUUCAGAAUAAUUAAUUAUACAUUUAGCUUACAAUUUUCAAUUAAAUUACAUUGCAUAACAUUAAAUUAAAUAGUAUAAGGGCACACAACAGUACCACAGAAUUAUUUUAAUCAUUUAAAUAAAUGAAAACAUUUAUUUUUGUCUUUAUUUUCUACAUCUAAAACUUUUUACACCACAAAUAAUGCAUCACUUUUCUUACAAUACAAAACGAACAUAAAAUCAAACAGAUGUUGCCUGUUUGAGUGCAUGAAAAGAUAGUUAUGUUUACAUACAACAUUUUUUCUGCUUACAUUUAUAUAGGCUCCAUUACAGUGUAAAUAGUGAGUGUGGUAAACAGAGGUGUAUUUUGACUUGCAGUUGGAUGUUAACACAUUUGCUUGCUUGAAUACGUUUUAUUUGAGGAAAAACAGUGGCAUGUUAUGUUUCAGUUCUUGUUGAGAUGAAAACAGAAAUGGUCAAAUUCGUUUUUUUUUUCCUGUUGUUUUUCAUGUCAGACCGUUCAGUCCAGGAUUAAAUGCAUCCUGUCCCUUCAUCUGAAGUGCUCCCACCUCUUGUUGCACUCAGUAAUUUAAUCAUUUUUUCCCCCUCUAUAAUGCUCUAUUUUAAAGUCCUCGAAGUCUUCACAGCAGUCAUUUUCCACAACAUUAUAAUCACAUGUAUGUAGACCUUAAUGCACUUACCAAAUAGUGCUUGACAAAAUGUAAUGGGAUUAUUUCCUACGAGGGGAAAAUUGUUUCCAGGAAGUGCCACGGCUCUUGAUGGACAUGCUUAUUGAUGUAUGACCUCCUGGUAUUUGGCACUUUGUCAUUAACAGGUUCAAACUCUGCUUGGAAAAUAGCAAUGAUUUCUCAGAACGAUUUGCUUUAACGGUCUUCAAAACACUUUGAACUUUUGCUUUGAUUAGUGGAGUCAAAAAAGCAUUUAUCAGAUAUUCUUUACAAUACUGAAACAGAAACCUGAGACGCAUAUAUUCAGUCUUCUGACCUUCAGGUAAAGUUCAGCAUGAGAAUGAAUGCCAAAUGUGAUUUUGGGAAAGGCCAGAUGUUGGAUGGCUCAAGCGGUUUUCCGAUUCCAUCCAUUCAGGCAAAUGCUAUUUGCUAACAGCUUCCCAAAAUAACCUACAAUCCCAUUUCUUUUCAAAUCACAUGAAGGGAAGGUAAAAAGUCUUAUUUGCUGAAUGGUACUUGAGAUUGUAUUAUCAGUGGGGCUUCGCUAAAUUAGCCAAUUUAAAAACAACUGGGUUUAAAGGAGAUUGGAAA